AAAAAAGACAAACCUGGUGCAGCACAGUAUAGGUAGCCUAUACACAUAUGUAGCAGAUGGAAAAAAGUACAUUUGUCUCUAAAUUUUAAUGGAAAAUCAGUAGACUAUAAAGUAGCAAAAAAUACAAAUUCUCAAUAAAGUGUCUGAAAAAAUACAGUGUUGAGAGUAAAUGUAGUUAUUCGAUGUAAGGGCAUCACAGUGAGAACUUUUAUCGAAAGUGCGAGUCAGAAUUUUUGCGUCGGCAUGUACCUAUGUGCCGAAUGUGCCAGUGAGGAAGUUAAGAUGCAUCCGGCGGUCCAUAGACAUCAUUCAUUGGAAAGAGACCAUGGCAGCCACCAAAACCUCUAAAGAACAGAAAUACGACAGACAGCUCAGACUGUGGGGUGACCAUGGUCAAGAAACACUGGAGAAUGCACACGUUUGUCUCAUCAACGCCAUAGCAACUGGGACAGAGAUACUGAAGAACCUUGUACUUCCAGGUAUUGGAGCAUUCACAAUAGUUGAUGGAAACACAGUUUCUGGGGAAGAUGUUGGAAACAACUUUUUCCUUAGCAGUGACAGCAUUGGAAAGAACAGAGCACAGGCUGCCACUGAGCUGCUACAAGAACUUAACAGUGAUGUCUCUGGGAACUUUGUUGAGGAGAGUCCAGACAAGCUUCUGGAUGACAAUCCAGAGUUUUUUCACAGGUUUACCAUAGUCAUCGGAGUCCAGUUACCAGAAAGCACAUGUUUGAGGUUGGGCUCAGUUCUGUGGCAUGCCUCUGUACCUUUCCUAGUGUGUAAAACCUACGGCUUCAUUGGCUACAUGAGACUAGUGGUGCAGGAGCAUACAGUGAUUGAAUCUCACCCUGACAAUGCCUUGGAGGAUCUGAGGUUAGACCAGCCUUUUGCUGAGUUCAAGAGCCACAUUCAGUCUUAUGACCUUGACAGCAUGGACAAGAAGGAUCACAGUCACACACCAUGGAUCAUCAUUGUUGCUAAAUACCUGGAGAAAUGGCUCAGCGAGCAUAACUGCCAGCCACCAAAAAAUUACAAGGAGAAAGAGGCCUUCAGACAGUUUAUUCGGGAAGGGAUCCUGAAGAAUGAGAAUGGCAUCCCAGAAGAUGAAGAAAACUUUGAAGAAGCUAUUAAGAAUGUCAAUACUGCUUUAAAUCCAACCAAGAUUCCUAGUGCUGUUGAAGACCUCUUCAACAAUGAGCAGUGUAACAACAUCACAUCACAGACCCCAUCCUUCUGGGUCAUGCUGCGAGCUGUCAAGGAAUUUGUUCACAACGAAGGCAACGGAAGCCUGCCCCUCCGGGGAACCAUCCCUGAUAUGAUUGCAGACUCUCAGAAGUUCAUCAACCUUCAGAAUGUAUACAGGAAAAAGGCCAUUCAGGAUGUGGCAGGUGUUUCUAAACAUGUAGAAAGUCUGUUGCAGUCUGUUGGAAAGCCACCAGAGAGCAUCUCUGAAAAUGACAUCAAACUGUUCUGUAAGAAUGCAUCCUUCCUGAGGGUGGUGCGCUGCAGAUCUCUGGCUGAAGAAUAUAGUGUGGAUUCAGUAAAUAAAGAUGAGAUCACUUCAUGCAUGGACAGUCCAGACAGCGAGAUGGUUUUCUACCUCAUGCUUCGUGCCGUUGAUCGCUUCUAUCAGCGGCACUCUCGCUACCCAGGUGUUUACCAAGUGGAGGAGGACAUCAGCAGACUGAAGCUCUGUGUGAACAGCUUACUGCAGGAGUACAGCCUCAAUGUCAACAUAAAAGAUGAUUAUAUCCAUGAGUUCUGUCGGUAUGGCGCAGCAGAACCACACACGGUUGCUGCAUUUUUGGGAGGAUCAGCUGCUCAAGAGGCCGUCAAGCUCAUCAGCCACCAGUUUGUGCCCUUUAACAACACUUUCAUUUACAACGCGAUGUCACAGACCUCGGCCACCUUACACUUGUGAAUGCAGUGACUGAUCCUGAGUUUGCUUACAGAAAUAUUACGGAGAAAAUAGAGCAAGACUGAAAGAGGCAUUUACCGCAACCUUUAAUAAAUCCAAACUGUACACUGCAGUUCAGGUUUUGAAAGAGGACUGCACAUUUCAAUGGGACUGCUACAUAAAUGUCUGCACUUAAACCUAAAAAUGUUUCUCAUAGAGAAGAUAAAAAGUUUGACCAAAUUUUCUGUCAGUAAAGCCUUGCCUGGGUCUCAGAAGUUCUUGAGGAUGAGUAAAUCAGCAUAGUACCCACAGGGGAUUUUUUUUGUCAAAGUGCAAAAUGAAACGUAUUUAAAACCUUUAUGGAGUUUUUUCUUUUGUUUUUGUUUUUUUUUUUAACCUAUGAAGCUCAAACAUUUACACAAUAUAUUACACUGUCUUUUAUUGUAUUGUGUUUUGAACAAGGUGGAAGAUUUUUGGUUAAAAUGAAAACUGAAAAUGUGUAGUGUUGAACUCGUGUUUUGCCAUGAAAACAUUCAGCAUUUUAUUGGUAUUUAUUUUAAUGUUGACGGGGAAGUUAACACACAUUCAGUACAUUUGCAGUGUGCAAACAGUUUACCCCCUAGCUCAUCAUUUGCCUGUGCUCCCGAAGGUUAAACACUUUGAAUUAAGCAGCAGAGACUUGUUGGAAUGUUUAGUAGUUAGAAACUUCGGUUACGGUCAUUUAGCUAAAAUAUACCGAUUGUUAUAUGACGAGCGUGUGAACUUUCUGAGAUGCCUGAAAUGUGACUUGUUUUGCAAGAUUCAUAUGCAUCCCAGGUUAAAAUGAGUUUUGUUUAGUGGAUGACAUUUAUCCAACACUAGAGGGCACUCUUUCACUUUUUGUCAUUCAUAGGUCAACACAUUUCCAAGUUUGUUUCACAAGGCUGUUCAGUGACCAGUCCCUCAAUGCUGAGCUUUGGCUUCAGACUGCAUUCGAUAUAAUCAGCUGUAGAAUGUUACCAAAAACUUCUUUCUUAUGUUGCCUCCGUAGCAGUCAAGAUGCCUUGAAAUGUAGAGGACUCUGUUUUUGUAAUGAGUAUGAUCUAAUAAGCACCACUGAGUUCUGUUAGAGAACUAGGUUAUUGUGAUGUAACUGUUGGGCAGGAUGAAGAAUUUUGCUUGUUGCUUUUUAUCAGACUUUGGUAGGAUGGGAGUUUGCUUUCAGCAGAUCUUUUCCUUGUAAGAUUCCAUCCAGCCCCUGUCACCUCAGCUCUCCCCUGUACUGUAUGUCUCAUUUUCAGACCCCCCCCCCUUCAUCUCCCUCUGUCUGAGAAGGAUAGAGCAGGCUGCCAAGAAGUACUUUGGCCAUUUCCUAAAUUAAGAGUUUGUCCACUCCUGCCCAUCUAUCCACCCACUGCCUCUUAAGAUUAUCAUGGUGUAGCAGUGCCAGGUUUUGUAGGCCAAACCAGACAGUUUUCCUUUGUGUAAUGUCAGAGAUACAGAUACAGCCCACUAACAUUUAGCAAAAACCGACUUAAGUUUAUACUAUACAUAAAGUUAUCAGAUGUAAAAUAGUUCAAAUAUAUGCUUCUGCAACAAGUACUGUGCUGUAUGGUUUCAAAUGUGCCAGCCUGCUAGGUUUUUGUUCCAGCUUUCAGUGUGUCCACCUUCUGAAUAAAGAUAACACUAAGGGAGUGG